AUGAAAAGUCUAAAAUCGAAUAGGGGGUGUAGCAUUUUAUAUAUGCGAACACCGAAAUCUUCUUUAAUGAAUCAGAAUUUUAUCUCUUUUGGUGAUAUGAUCGACUACAUACCUAACCCACUAUCCAAAAUAAUAACUAAACUUCCGUCCAAAUUAUAUAUGAAGAUCGAAGUUUGGGAUGCAGAUUAUUCGUUUUCUGAUUUAGAUGACCAUUUGACAACAUUUGAAGACGAUUCAUACACAUAUACUGUGUAUCCAUAUGAAACUGGUAGCAGCGUUGUACUUAGUGAUUUAUCAACUUUUCAUCCCCAUCAUCAUCAAAUUUUUCGGAAUAUAACACAUAAGUACAUAACUAUGUAUAUAGCAGUUUGGGCAGUCUGCAAUCGUGGCAGUUAUGGAAGUGACUGUAGCAUCAGCUGCGUACCACAAAAAAGAGUACGGCACUACGGCUGCGAUAUUUCAACUGGAGCAAAAGUGUGCAUUCCUGGAUGGUUUGGUGAUGAAUGUAACAAAAUUGACCAUUGUGGAAUUGUAACACCAUGUGGUCCAAUGGGAAUUUGUACAAAUACUCAUGUUGGAUAUAAAUGUACUUGUAAACAUAAUUUUACCGGGCCACAAUGUUCAAUACCUCCAAACCAGUGCAGUCCAUUACAAGAUUUCUGUCAAAAUGGAUUUUGUUUACUGAAAUAUUUUGAUGAUGAACAGAACAAAAGUUUAUCCAAUCCAAUUCCAUAUUGUGUUUGUAUACCUGGAUUUACAGGGAAAUGGUGUGAAUUGGAUAUCGAUGAAUGUGCUAUGAAAACACUGAAUAAUAAUGAUAGUUUACUAAGUAAUAAUACUAUCAAUCAUCAUAGUAUUGUCACAUCAUAUUGUAAUGUACAAAAUUCAUUAUGUGAAAAUCUCUAUGGAAAUUUUCGUUGUUUUUGUCAAAAUCAAUGGACUGGUCUACGUUGUAAUACACCGCCAACUUUAUGGCCAAAUCAUUAUGAACCAAUUAUCAAUUCAAAUGGUUUACCGGAUUUUUUAAAUUUUAAAAGAACAAAUCUAACAACUGUUACAUUGAAAAAUUAUAAUGAUGAUUUAAUAGGAGGAAUAAAAAAAGAAUUAGAAAAACCAAACCAUUAUUGGAUAUAUAUACUUCUUAGUGUCAUUGGCAGUUUAUGUCUAAUUUCUUGUGGAAUUAUCUAUUGCGUAUGUCGAAGACACAAACAUUUAUGUGCUACAUACAUGAUGAACUGGAAUCGUAAACCUAAAAUUUCCAAAGUACUCUGUACCACAAGACAUACUUUUCCAUCACUCAAUAAUAAUAAACCAAUUAUACCAUAUCAUCAAACAUCAUCAACACCGCAUACAUCAAGCAUUACUCAACUCACUUUCCUACCACGAUAUCCUCAUCAUCAUCAUCAACAUCAUGUACCAAUCAAAACGGAAAUCAAUCAAUUAUCAGUUUAUGAUGAAAUUCCUGAUUAUUUUUUACAAGACAAAUCACAACUCAGCACAAAUAUCUCCUCAUUAAGAAAAACUUCACAAAUUUCCAUUUAUGAACCAUAUAGUCAAUUAGAAUAUGAUACUUUGGAUACAACCAUUGAAAUUACAAAAUAUUCAAAUACACAUGAUCUCAAUAAUACUUGUCAUUUGUAUUUGGACAAUCAAACACAAAUUGAUACUACUAUUAAUACUACUACUAGUCAAAAUGCAAGUCAUUUACUCCAUGAGCAUCAUCAACAACUAGAACAACUAGAACAACAAGACCAAGAUUUAAUUUUAACCAAUUGUACUUAUCUUGAACCGAAACAACUUUGUUUGUAA